UCCGGUUGGGUUGUGUGCAAUUUUCUAGAGCCCCGAAAUUUGGUUCCAGUGGUGUACAUCUGCACUAUCUCGCGAAUCAGAACACACAGUUCUGUUGCAGAUUCGGUUCCGUCUAGACGUGCUGGGGACGUUAUACGGCGAUUAUAGCAUUUCGCGUGUUUUUCAAUAACCGAAAUCAUUUGGGAGUUCGACGGUCUGCUGCCAGUCUGUUGACGCCUUAUGGGCCAUCGUAAGAUGAAACGUGAUUGACGACGAAGACGACAACAAGCGUUUAUUUAACUGAAAGGUGGAGAAUUGAUUUUAUUUUGAAUCGGUUUCCGCCAAGGGUGAGGAGAAAUCAUCUAAAUAGACAAAGAUUAAUUUCCGGUGCUACCGAAAUGUGACAUUCCCCACUUGAUUGUAUCCUUUAAUAGCAUUUGUAUCACGCGGUUGGCUUUGGUUCCAGUUAAUUCCGUGGUGGAUAGUCUAAACCUUUUUCAAUAUUUUGACUGAGAUAAACGAAAUUUACACAUGGAAAUGUUUUAUCCGUCUACGUGAGAAAUAAAAUCGCAAAACUACGGGUUAAGAAAAUUGACUUAUCCAGGUAAUCGUGAUUAAUACUCUCUAACGGAAGACAUCAGGUUCUACAUUAUACAAAAAGUCCGGCGGACGCCAAGUUUACCGAAGGACGUGAAACCCCUCUGGAAAAUCGAGAAGUGUGAAGGUUUCCCUUUCUGGUUGACCGAGAAAAGCAAACAAUAAAAUAUAAAUAAGUUAGAAAAUCGAGAUAGACUCGCCGGAAACAGAAAUCACACAACGGUAUACGGACAGGGGGGGUUGUGUUUUGGUUUGGGUCGGUGAAAAUUAAAUUAUUCCGUGCACGGUUUAAUUUUCGAAGUUGUGUUUCCACGAGCUAGCUUGUCGACUACGGUGUGGCUGUCAAAGUGUGUGUUUACGUAUCUGGCAACAAAUAACCUUCCAGCACAGCGACCGGUUCAGCCGUUCGUGCUGAGUCUAAGAUCGGUAGGAAGUGGCUUGCGGCAGGUUUUCUUGAACGAACAGCAACAGCCUGACUGAAAUCAGCACAUCGUGAGUGGAGUGGUUUUGCCGCUUUGCUGCCGGCUGUAGCAUAGAAAUUAACAUUCAUACGAAAUUAAAUUCAGUUUGAUAAAAACUUCUCUGCCGGUGCAGGCAGUACAGAGCACAUCCGGAAGCGAAAUACGUGGCUGCUAGCGAUGGUUCACGCAAAGUAAAAAAAUCGUGGGAGUGUGUCUCCGGGUCGUGUGUCGAGCGAUGUGUUGCCUUGACGUUCCAUCGGAACUGGCUGACAAGAAACGUGGGUGAUGAAAGUUGUAACAAGAAAGUAACUGGAUGAGCAAUAGUAGAUGAAAAAUUCUUGAAAACCUAGUGAAAGUACGAUCGCUACGUGUUAGUUGGUUUCUUUUUUCUUCCGGAAAGUGGCGAAGGAACAUACCCGAGUAGCACAUUGCAGCGGGAAGCCGAAGCAUUCACAGGUUGGUCUGGCAAGAUGACAGCCCCACAAACUCACAUCACAUAUAACGGCCUCCGGAAUCUGGUUCCGGAAGUAUCGGAAAUAGUGACAACAGAUUUUCACAAACAAAGGCCUAAAUAAAAGGUAUUCCGGAACUACAGGGAGACCGAUGGUGCAAAUAACUGAAAAACAAACUUCUAAUUUUGGCUCAAAACCGAGAACACCAUCAAACCACUAGAUGGAUGAAAGCAGUUUUUUUUCUUGUUUUUGUGGAGAGCAUGCUUCCGCAUAAAUUUGAUUCUAUAAAUUCGUUUUGGUUUAUACUGCGACGGAUACAAUUAAGAAAACCUUUUGAAACUUUUUGAUCUAAUAGGGUGAAUGUUUUUGCAGACCUUCUAUAACUGCUAGAAUUAAGAAAAUCAUUUGGAACUUAUCAUAGUGCAACUGAAACUGAAAUGAAUACUUUUGUAGAUCUUCUAUAACUGCUAGUGAAACAUGGUAAGGUUAGUGAUUCGCUACCUUGUUGUACACUGAUAUCCAACCUUGUUCUACAAUGAUUUUUUCGGUACUAUCGUAUAACUUAAAAACGGACACUAACCAUUAUUAUUGUUUAUUAAAGUGAGAUUAUCCAUCCAAGCGUCUCGGGAAUGGCUUCUUAAAUCAACAAACAAUAGGUGGGUCCACAAAAUUGAUAGCACACUCGCACUCAAUUCGGUACGACCCCUGAUUCCAGCGAAAUAUUUACUUCAAACCAACAGAAAAUUCUCGGAUGGAUGAGUGGAAAUACUUAAUUGCGCUGCUACUUGCGCUCUUAAGUUACCGGCUCCCGACGGUAGAUUCCAACAGUGGAAAUGGAUCCAACGGCGGGGGGAGCGUUGGAACCGGUGGACCUACAACAUCCCGGUCAGGACGCGAACGUUCGACGUCCCAAGCGAUUGCCUCGCUGUCGUCAGCGUCGAUAGUGGCGGCAUUGGCUGCACGGAAUAGCAACAAUAACAACAAUAGCCACAACAACAACAACAACAACCACCACAAUGUAGUAUCGAAUACCGCGUCCGGUAGUCAAGGUAGCUCGAACGGGACUCCAACAGGCGUUCGUUGUAAUUUGGCACAGUUUCGAUGCGGAAACGGGACCUGCAUUUCGUCGGCAAAAUUUUGCGAUGGCAGUUUUGAUUGUCUCGAUAGAAGCGAUGAACCGAAAUUUUGCACAGUAUGCAACCGAACAUUAUACGGAGAAGUCGGGCGCACUUACGAACUCCAGCUGCAGCCGCAUCAAUUGCAGCAGUUUCUAAAGCAACAGGAGCAGAGCAAUGCAAAAAAUGCAUAUCCUUUCUUGUGCCAUUUUAACUUCACCGCCCACGGAGGAGCGUACGGUGAUAUUGUGCAGCUUAAUUUUGCCAAAUUUAGCAUCGGAAAAUUUGUGCCCAGCAUGGAUUCGAACGGAAUGAUAAGCGGCCUCCAGCUUGGUCACUCGGGGUAUCAACAGCAAUAUCAGGAACCCUGGCACGAACAAUGUCUGGAAGGGUUUAUGACGAUUCGGGAGCAAGGCCUGCCCAACCUGGAUGGAAGGUGGUGCGGAACCGCUUCCGGCUACACGAUCUACUACAGCGAAACCAGAUCGGUCAACGUGAGUGUGCGGCUGGAUCGGUUGACAAUAAUUGGUUCCGGUGAAGAAGGAGGCUCCGGUGGUGCGGGGAGUGGACUGGAAUUCAAACUGAUCUAUAAGUUUCUUCGGCAUAGCGAUGCAAAACUGAGGUACGAUAACAGGAUAUGGAAUGGUGACCUCGUUCCGGAAACGUACUGCAAUAGAAAUUUUUAUGACUGCGACAAACGGAUCUGCCGAAUACGAUCUCCCAACUAUCCCGGCAUUUAUCCACGCAAUUUAACCUGUAAAUAUUAUAUCAAUCAUCGAGCUCCACCCAGCGGCCUCCACGCCAUGAUCGUAUUGCGUCAGCCGGAUGGACAUAAAUUAAACAUAAAGGAGCAGGCGACACAUCACGAGGCGAACAAUAGGAUUUUAAGGAGCUGGGAUCAGUGCAAUGUUCAUCAAGAUUACCUAACGGUUCACGAUGGAAAGGCACAGGAUACACCAGAGAUUGCUAGAAUCUGCGGAGGUGAGGCUCUUCCAGAUAUAGUGACUAGCGGGCCGGAUAUGCUGGUGGUUUUCAACACUUCACCAUUCGAUGUACCAUUCCAUCCAAAUCCGGUGACAUUUCUACCUGGCUUCGAGCUGGAGGUACACGUUCUUUACGUCAAUUCCAAUUCCCAAUCGUAUAUUCGACAGCCAGGUCGAUGUGAAUUUUCGAUUAGUACUUUCGAAAGCCAAACCGGAGAGUUGGAAAGUCCCCAGCACACUUUACCGCCGGAGAGUUCUUGUAUCUAUCACUUUCAGGGCCGACGUCACGAAACUGUUUGGAUCUCAUUCAUCAAGUAUCACUCGGCAAUCGACCCGACUGGGUUCGAAUCUCCGACGGAAUGCGUCACACAGCUUCGCAUCUGGGACGGUCGAUGGUCGGUUACUUCACGGCCCUACGUAUUCUUAGGCUCACACCCGGAGUACACCAGGAAUGCCAGCUUGAUCGAACAGAUCUGUCGGGAAGAGGUUCCUCGGUUGUGUUCGCGCUCGCUAGUGACUAAAGGCAGUCGGCCUUGUUCUACCCAAGAAAGUUACCUAUCGACGGGAUCAGAUCUUACAAUAGAAUAUCGUCCAAGUCCAAUAGGGACGGCUCGACUCUAUGGACCAGCCUCGGCAUUCAAGCUACGCUAUGAGUUCGUUGACAAUUCUUUAGGAGGUGCUCCGCUUGAACCGUUGGUGGCACCUUCUGCAAUGCCAGAGCCCGCCGCGUUAAUUCAGUUUCAUCCCAAAUCUUGCGAUCGGGUAUUUCGGUCUUCAUCCGCAUCCCGAGGAAUUUUCCGAUCACCGUCAAAUGUAUUCCUGUAUGGACGAGGUGGAUCGUCCAACAUUUCCUGUACUAUCCGAUUCGAAGCUGGACUCGGAGAAAGCGUUAGACUUUCCAUCACACGGGCUCGGUUCGGCGGCAGAUCCUGUCAGAACAUGCAAAAUCGUGCCGGUCGUUGGCACUGCAAUCAUCACACUGGACCAAUUGCCGAUCUACGAAUAAGUGAAGUUCCCUGGACGGAUAUUCCUCCACUACCGCGUGACUGUCUCUGCUCUGACGUGUCGACCUCGAUAAAUCUGUCCCCAUUGGCAGCAAGCAUAGUUGAAGUUCGUUUCACUGCCCUACAAAUGGAUGUGGAUCAAGAUUUCCGGGACUUUUAUUUCGAAGGACGGUACGAGUUUGAAAAGGAUGGUUGUGAAACCGAUUGGAGUGAGCGACGGCUUCGAGGUCGUAGUGGCGACGCUUUCCUCAGACCAACGCCUUGUCCGGCUCUGAUCCAGCCAUGGUUACUGGAACCGGAUACCGAUGGAAGUUACUUGGUUCUGAAGAUGAAGGGUUUUUGGAUGCCACCACUUCUUCACUCUGCUCCACCCUGCCCAACGGAUUCCCGGAUUACGGUCUAUUCCACAAACAAUCCGAAAAUUUCUCGUGAUUUAUGUCCAUCCGGACCAGAUGUAGUGGCGUUUUCUGAUGGGUGGGACAGUGCAAAUGAGUUCAGUGCCCUGGAAGUCUCGAGAAGCCUCAUCAUUGAGUUCAAAAGCUCACGGAAGCCCAGAGACAUCGAAGGAAAUGAGUAUAAAUUUUCCUGGAUGGAAAUCUAUCCCGGUAAUGAUUGUCCGUACAAAUGUCAGGAGUUACAAGCUUGCAUUCCAUCAGAACUGUGGUGUGACGGUAAAGCCCACUGCCCAUCGGGACAGGACGAAAGUGCCAGCGAAUGUGACAUAAGACUUCCUCUGUCACCACUGCAUGUUGGCAUUGCUGCCGCUACGUUGACUCUCUUUCUCUCGUUGGCUGCCGGUCUUACCGCUUGUGCCCGAAGGAAACGGGUCGAACAGAAGCAACAACUGCAAAGUCACAUGGAAUCGAACGGUCACUAUCCGCAUCAUUCGACGUAUUCGCACUCCAACCCGCACCACCACAUGGCCAGCAGUCACGCACUGACGCCCAUCUAUCUGGAUCCCACCAAGGACAGCUUCUGUUGACAAGAGCUGGAGACUUCGGUGUAGCCCAUACCGAAGUCCCAGGAUUUCUACUACUUUGCGUUCAAUCGCUAGUCGAUGUCGCUGGAGGGGCAGUUCCGCGACGUGAACGAAUUCUGGUGAUAUUUAGUGUAGUAGCCCGAAUGCGAAGGUAGAAAAAAUGGGGAAAGAUAUCCACGGAAGGUGCACGCUAUAAAUCAAUCUGAUCGGAAAGAGCGCUCGGUCGAAUCAGUUGCGAAUGUUGCGGUAGAUUAAUGGACUAACUAGAGUAAGUGAUGGGGAAUAAAAGGGGAAGCCUCUGAAAGUAAACGAGAUGAGAACGAAUUAGUUUGAGCAAAGAGUGGCGGGAUGAAGGAGCGAUGUGUCAAAUGGAAGUUGUUGUUGAUUAGGUGCGAUAAAUGAAAGUUUAUGAAAAAUAGUUAGUGGUAUUUGUUGAAUUUUUAGUCCAUGAAUUGACUUUUCAUUUGUAAUGUGGAUUAAAAGAAACUUAUUUCUUAAGGUUUCCUUUUUUCUAUAGGUCUUUUGACACGAACAGUUUUCAAAGUAGACCUUCCAUGAAAUGCACCAGUUGAUUCGUAAAUUCGUCAGAAAAAACAUUAAAAAUCCACUCGGUGACCCACUGCCCGCCCUGUCACUCUGCCAAAGUGAUCACACAAUCUAUGCAAGAAGUGACCGUAAUGAGCUGAAAUUAGUUUUAAUUAAGACAAUCAACUGCUGACAACGGCUCAUCUGUCGGAAACUGUUCGAAGCGGGAAGCAAAAAUAAUAAAUGAUAAACUUCCAGCGAGAGAGGACACGCGAUUUGAUUUGAUAAAGUUCCAGUCAAGUGACCAUUCAUCAGUGUGCCAAAGAGAGUGGCGAAAUAUGAUGAAAAAUUCCGUGGCAUCAUGAAUCAAGGAAGUUAUUCCUCGCCCUUCCGCUCUAUCGGAUCCGUUGAAAAAGGGAUCGCUGGAUCUGAGGAUAAAGGAAUAGUCAUUUGCUAACGAAACGCAGAGGAAGUAAUCGAGUGGAAAGCGCAGACAAGACAUGCUGCGGUUAAGAGCGAAAGACGAUUUGUUGCUCAGCACCUCUCAAACUAAACCAUUAUUGAAACUAAAGAUAAUAUCUUGUAUCUGUAAAAGUCAGCGAGAAACAGAUUUAAGUGCGAUAAUUAGGAAAAAAAUCGAUUGUAAAUUUCGUAUCUCUAAUAAAAGAAUUAUGGUUGUGAAGAAUACUGCGAAGAUGCUGUGAGCGGUUGGGUGAAGAGAAAAAAGAGGGCAGCGCCUGUUGCUGUAGGGCGUGUUAUAGAUAGAACCGACUAAUUGGGUAAAUAAAUAAUGUAAUGUCAUGGAAAGCGGUACAUAAAUAACCUGAUGUAAAUAGCCACAGAGUGAACGCGUGCGUUAAUCUUGCAAUCCAACUAGAACUGUCACUGAUGAAUGUUGUUUCGAGUACUAAAAAAGGCCACAUUUCGAUGGUUUAUAGUUAUUAAGCAGAAAAGAAAAAUAUAACCUGUACCAUACGAACCGAUGCAAUGAACUAAGUGUAUUACAGUAGCCUUAAGAAAUCUCACAAUCUUCGUUCAAGCGAAUCACACUCACACUUCCAGCAAACGACUUGAUUUACCUUAGCCUCUCUUCCCUACAGAAUUCCAACCAACCGCGUUGCAAUCCACAAAAACCAACUAUAAAUCUUCCACCUCACUAGCAAGUAACGAUGAAAUACGUGAGUGUACAUAGAAAAGAACAAAAAAUAAGGGAAUCGAAAAUGUUAUUCCACUAUGUUCCAAAAAUCUAGUAAAUGCAAUCCAUAUUGAUUCCUGACUAAUUAGUGCCGUGGGUGCUAUCCUGUAAAUCUCCUAUCAACAACAACAACAAAACGAAUAAGAAAACAAAUGAAACAUAGUAUAUGAUAUUCGAUCAAGGCUCUGCAGAUCUCGGAUAAAUGUCUUUGGGAAACAGGCAGUGCCCCGGCAGACCGAAAAUGGAUAUUUUUGUUCUCGAAUCGUCAAAUAACAAUGUGAUUCUAAGUAGUUAAGAGUGAGCUAAUGAGAUGAACGAAGGUAAAAUAUAAAAAAAGAAAAAAAAUAAUGAACUGUCGAUAGAAGGCGAAGACAGUUAAUACAAAGCGCAUCUACUAUAGCAAACUUUUUAGAAAUAGCAAACAUUUUCGAUGGAAGUUUUUUGAGCAGGCCUCACUCCUGCGGAAGCAGUGACCAAGCUAGGAUUUACAAUAUUUCUGGUAAUGCUUCAAUAUUGGCUAUACAACCUUCAACCCUUAAAUUGUUGUUUUUAUUGUUUUUAUUUUGCUAUGAUAAAUAAUUUUUGUAAUUAAUUUUGGCUGACUGGAAGUAAAGUGGUAGGCACAAAAAGACCUGUAAUUUGUGAAUCAAUGAAUUUAAAAAGUCCAAUAAUGAUUGCUUCAUAGUAUUUACAUUAGAUAUAGCCCAGUUCGAACGCAAUCUCGAUUUUUUCAUCAGCGAUCAGGAAACGAUCACAGAAUCAACGCAUUUCUUCCAUAUCACCAGCAUGGAUGUCCUUGACUGCUCCGCCACUUGGUCGAAACCAAUACUUUGAGAUUACCUAGUAUUUUUCGACUGACCGAAAUUUCGGACGAUUUGGAGAAUUCAUUAUUGGUGAUCUUAUUGCCAGCAUACCACUUCAGAACCACCUUGAAGUAGUGAUAGCUGACUAAAUCGGUGAAAAGUGACCGCCAUAAUGCUUGCGCGGAGAUACACGCUUUUUCAAGUUUUCUUCUAUCUAAGUUUGGGAUGUUAUCAUCGACGAUGCGACUAAUGGUUUUGUAUUCAGACCACAACUGCAAAUCGCAGGUUUUGAACAUUCGACAAACUUUGGCACAUUAGCCAAAGGCAUUUUAAUUGGACCACUUCGGACUUUACUGGUGCUUAUGCACAAUAUGUUUUUCUCGAGUUCAAUUUUAUGUUAUUUCUGAACGCGAUUGACUACUUUGAUCAAACCUGCACCAGUUGAUCUCUGUAGAAGUAUAAUCAAACCACUGUCAAAGAUUAUCGAUUCCCAACACAAGAGGUGUGCUAGUGGCGCGAGGGGCGUACCAAUCAAAUUUCAAACCUAACCGGAAUUUUCAUUUUAAAAUUCCCGCGCUUGUCCAAUCGGUAAACUUUUAUUCUCUCAACGUUGGCAACACUUUUAUACACAUUCUGUCAAAUUUGACGCAUAUCGUACGAUUAGUUAUUGUUUGGCGUCUAUACAAAGAAGUAGAAAAAUUUUCGUGUGGCGAUUUUUAUAAUUUAUAAAAAUUUAGAACAUAGAUAGAUCCACACCUCAUCACCAGUUAUGAUGCUUUCGAUGAAUGUGGAGUCACUAUCUGCGUUGGAAGUCAUCUCUUUGGCCACAUCAACACGACGCUGUUUUUGAAUGAUAUUUAGCUUUUUUGGCACCAGCCAAGAAGCGACGCGUUUCAAACCCAAAACAUCAGUUAAAAUGUGUUCGGUUGAUCCAUAAGAGAUGCCCAACAACACAGCAAUCUCUCUAAUCGGUACAGAAUGAUUUUGCAACACGAUUUACUUCGCCGAUUCAAUGUUUUCUUCAGUAACAGAUGUUGUUGGGCGGCCAGGGAUCUCAUCAUGAUUCAAGCUUGUACGAUCACCUUUGAAGCGUUUAUACCACUCUUAUGCCUGUGUUUUUCCUAGACACGAUUCACCAAAGACCUUUUCUAACAUUUUCAACGUUUCGGAACACUUAAAUCUAUUUGCAACACAUAAUUUGAUGCACGCACGUUGCUCUAAAUUUUCAUCCAUUAUAAAAAUCGCCACACGAAAAUUUUUCAACUUCUUUGUAUGGACGCCAAACAAAAACUAAUCGUACGAUAUGCAUCAAAAUUUGACAGAAUGUGUAUAAAAGUGUUGCCAACGUUGAGAGAAUAAAAGUUUACCGAUUGGACAAGCGCGGGAAUUUUAAAAUGAAAAUUCCGGUUCUAUUUUGAUCAUAAGGUAUAUACAGUAUAUCCUCCCCAGAAACAAAUUUAUUGUUUUGAAAACGGGCUCAAAUGUAAAAUUAAUACUAUACAAUGUUUGAAAUAGUUUUGAAAUGUGAUCAAAUUUGAUCUUGGACUGAUUUCUGCAAACCUACACUAAAAAAACACCGUAAUUAUUGCCUGUACUACCUUGCUUCGCAUCUUGUAGCACGCCGUGAAGCAAAGUUUUUCAAUCUCGUACAGCACUAACCAUGGAGCACAGGCAAUUUACCAAGCAAGGCAACUGGUCUGCUCAGUAGCAUAUACUCUCACACAUCCAGUUUCUCUUUAAUUUAGUUAUGUCAAGCAAAGUGUUCACAGCCGGUUUUUUUGUUAAUUCGUUCGUUUGAGGAUUCACAAUACAAGAACUGGUUACACGUGAUACUGAAACGUUGGCUAUAAUUUCGCUUAUAUUUAUAGAUUCGCGAGCUUCUCUAAAACUUCACUUUUGCUCCAAUUGACUAAUCAUAGCGAUGCUACCCAGCUGAUAAAUCGCUUACUCCUCCAAAUCCAUCGUCUCCAUAAGAGAAAUCCAUUAAGCCAACAUAGCAUCUUAGAUGUUUAACUAACAAAGUAGGACACUGCUCGCUAUUAAUCAUAAUUUCAAUCAAAUAUAAUUGAAAAUACGUGGCUUGAUACAUUCAAAUCGAAAUAUUUCCAAUCAAAUGGUGAACUAAUAUUCAUAAUUUAUACAAAAUUGACUGAGCUGUACGUGUUCAAAACCUGACCACAUUUCUACGUGUAUUUUUCCUUGAGUUUCUAAUUUGCACUCCUGUAUAAAACGAAGAUGUGUACCACAUCAAAAUUGAAAAAUAAUUGACUGAAGUUUUUAAAUACCAUGCGCCUGGGAUUGCAAGUGGCAGCGUUUCACGUCAAGUGUCAUGUACCAUUAGACUCAGUUCGUCGAGAUCACAAAAUGUAUGUGUGUAUGUGACAAAUAAUGUCACUCAACUUUUUCGGGAUUACAAGAUAAUAUGUGCAAAUCUAUGAGAGAAUGCACACUCAAUUUCCUCGGUAAUUUCCUAACCUAUUUCCAGAAUCUAAGAUUCAAAUGAAAGGUCUUGAAAUUAUUUAAAAAGUUCCGGUAUUACAGCACGAUAAGUGAAAAGUUUUCAAUCUCACGAGUAUUUUUCCCAAGUACUGGCGAAACGAGGUGCAAAUUUUUAUAAUACUAAUAAAUUUUUCUACUUGGCAGAUUUUGUUAGAAGGUUGAUAUAUAAAUCAACUUUGGGGCUACUAGUCCGUGGUUUCCGGUUCCGAAAGCACCAGGUAGUGAAGAAAACCUCCAAAAACGAAAUUUAUAUCUAUUUCUCAACAACGGUUAUGCCGAUUUUUCCAAAUCUUAAUUCAAAUUAAAGCUCCCAUUGUCUUAAAAAUACUGUGCAACUUUAUCCAGUUUUGACUUUCGGUUUCGAAAUUAUAGGGUGAUGAGUGUCAAUACUUUAAAACAGUCAUACAAAAUAAUUGCAAUUUAGAAGCAAUUUUUCGCGUUUUUUUUCUUCAUGUAGUACCACAAUGACUGCGCGUGUCUUAACGAUUAGAUUUGUUUUUUGACCCAUUUCUCUACUAAUGAAACACAUUUUUAUAAUGAGAUGAUAUUUUACGAUCUUGAGAACAGAUAAUUAUAUUCUUUUGUUCCAGGCUACAUCAUAAUGUCGUAGAAUUAAAGUGUUAUAACAUUCAAAUAUUUUAGGUGCUAGCCUUUUUGAGUUUGGAACACAUAACCGUCAUUAAUUUUCUUUUCGUUUCGAUUUCGGCCCGUCAGUGAACAACAGUUUGUGUUUAUCUGUUAUGUUACUUAUAGUUUACAUCUUUUCGAUUGCGUUUAAAAACGAGCGAAAAACGUCAGAUACAACUGGACUGAUGUCAAUACUGUUGUAACUGAUGAUCGAAGAAUAUGUGAACUACCACUAUCACUAAAUUGGUUUUUAUGAUUUGAUUUGUGCACUAUACAAAUAUGUCAGGGUUUUGUGAAGAAGGUCGAAUGUUGUUUAAGCAAUGUAUGUUUAUUUUUCCGAAAAUAAUGAACAACAACAGCAAAUAUGUUGGUUAUGCUAUCAAACUAACGGAAAUAGAAUGCACCGAUUUUCAUCCUCUGCCUAAAGCUUCCAUCGAAACAAAUCAAACUGAAAAAAAUCCUGGAAGGAUUGUACUUACUGCAGAAAAACUAAGAAAUCUUUAGACUGAAAUAUAAUCUUGAGUAAAAAUAGUAUAAACCACAGAUAAAUCAUACAUCAUAAGAUAUAGUAUUAACUCAAAACAGAAUCAGCUCAAAUUCCUUCCCAUUGGAAAUAAGUGUGCCCAUCUCCUAUCAAACGAGAAUAAAAAAUAAACAUUAAACAAAAACUGCAAAUCUGUGUGGCUGUUCGAUGAGGCAAUUUGUUAAAUGUGACUAUUGUUUUAUUCACUGUAACCGGCACUUACAAAUGUGUAUUUGAAUCUGAAAAUCAACUAGCAAAAUACAUCAACGGAUUUUUAUUGCUUGAAGCAUCGCUGUGUCCAUUUCCAGUUGCACUAACUCUCCAAAAAACAAGAGGUUGUAUAGAAUUGUAGUGUCGUAUAACUGUGGAUAAAGAUCGAAUCCGGUAAUCAUUUUUUGCGAAUCAUGAAACAGUAACUAGUUACUUCGAAAUGGAGUUUUUCAAAAACUGCCGAUUCAUGCGAGAUCCUUGAAGAAACCAUUGAUUGUUGACUCUGGAACGAAAAAGUGUAACAUUGAGUGAAUAAAUCUGUAAAUACUCUAGCAAAAAUAACGAAGAAGGUAAAAAAAUCCCAAAGCAGAAGAGUCGUGGGUUAAAUUAAUAUUAAUCGCCCGAAAAAAGGUGAUUCGUUAGGAUAUAAGUCUUAUUUUAGAUCGUAAGCACCUUAGAUUAGGCAAAGAACUAGUGAUGAAUGCAGAUCUGGUUCCCUCUAACUUAUCUCGCCUAGUCCACACUGUAUUUCUCCCUGAGGUGGAAUCAAUUCCAUUUCCAUCAUUUCGAAUUUGUCUCAGUUCAUCAGACGUCGUAUAACAAUCUGAAAAUAUUACGUACCCCCUGAAAACGGUCUGAACAGCGUCGUUGUAUUGGCAGAGACAACUAAAAUAGAUGUAGUCUUAAGUGAAUUGAAAGACAAAGCUGUAUUUCGUUUGUAAAUAAUAUUGUUUCUAAGAAUAAACAUGAGAGAAAAUGAAAA